GCGGAUCUAAUAAUACUGAACGGGUCAACAGCGUUAGAUACCGAAAAUGCCGGAACAGUUUCCGAACCAGAAACUGUCGGACAGGAAAUUUCCGAUCUCGAGCCAACCAAAGUGGUCAUGCUGCCUGGCGAAUAUAUUCAACCACGUUAUCUUCCACAGAACGCCUGCUGGCAGCUUCUAACUAGCGAUCAGCUCAAAGGGACUAUCUUUGAAACGAUGGAUCUUAAUCCUAUGCUUAGUAAAAUCAAUCGGCAUCCAUUCAACGUUCUUGUUGACAAUGCGGGCUUUGUGAGCGAUGAGCAGCUGAAACGCGUGGAAGAAGUUCGCAAAGAAAUUGGACUGGAUAUGGGGCAAAUAUGUUACGGACUUAUGACGUAA